AUAACAUGGGAAAUAAACCCUCAGUAAAUUAAAGUAAAUUUCAAAAACAAUUGACAAUUAAUGACAAACAAUUUAAAAAAGACUAAAGCUAAUCGAAUGUUAUUGCUCCUUAUAGAGAAGGAACGACUUUAGCUGUAGAUAGUAAAUUGAAAGCAUAUUUAAAAAAUGCUAAUGAUGGUGAAGAUCUUGAUGAUGAUAAUCAAGGAGGAAGGAAUAAAUUAUAAUAAUUUAAAGAAGACUAACAUAAUGUAGAAAAUAUUUAAAAAGAAAUUAUUCAUUUAGAAGAAACAGUGUUUUCAAAAGAAAAAUUAUAAAGAGUUCGAGAAGACUUUGAAUCCUAUUCUAAAGAAAAUAAAAUGAGUAGAAAGAAGUUACUUGAAUAUUUUGGUAUGGCAGAACUUGAUAAUAAAAGAUUAGGAAACAGGAUUUUCUAAUGUGUUAAAUCAACAUUCUCUUAAAAAAAAACAGGGUAUAUAUUAUUAUAUAGUAUUUUUUAGACCAUUCUUAGAUUAUGCUAAGUUUUUAAAAGCUAUAUCUAUGUUAUCUUAAUAAAAUGAUGAAGGAAGAUUAAGGUUUUUAUAUUCCAUGUUUGAUAUGAAUUUAGAAGGUAGUAUAGAAAAAGAUGAGAUGUAUAAUUUAAUGAUGAUGUUUUUAGAGGUAAUUCAUAAAUUUAUCUUUUAGGGCAUGAUGUCAAUAAAUUAUGAGAAUUAAGAUUUGAAUGAUUUAAAAUAAAGAAUAAGUGAAUCACAUGACAGAUAGAUUGAACUUGCAUUAGAAGAAAUAGUUAAUGAAAUUUAUUAAAAUCAUGCAUCAAAACAAAAUGUUUUAAGUUAUGAUGAUUGGAGAAAUUGGUUGAUGGAAUAGGAAGGUAUUUAAGAAAUUUUACAAUUUAAUCCUCAUACUGAUUUUUAAGAUUGA